CAUUGUCAAUUCUCAAUUGCCAUUCACCGCCGGGUCGGUAUAAAACAAGGUUCAAGUUUUUGUUUGUCUUUUUGGCGCUAAUUUUUUAAAGUUCGUAAUGGCGACCAAUGUGUUGAGUGAGUGCGACUAUUCUUCGGUAAAAUUAUCAGAUUUUGAAAUUGGACAACACAUCGGCAAAGGACAAUUUAGCGUGGUGUAUCGCGCACACUGUAAACUCAGUAAUACAAUGGUAGCGUUGAAAAAAGUACAGCUCUACGAAAUGACCGAUCUAAAAGCACGUAACGAUUGUAUGAAAGAAAUUCAGCUUUUGCAACAAUUAAACCAUCCAAAUGUCGUGUGUUACAUUCACUCUUUCGUGGAGAACAAAGAACUUCAAAUCGUCUUGGAACUAGCUGAUGCAGGUGAUCUAGCCCAAUUACUGAGACACUGCCAGAGACAGCGUCGACUCUUGGGUGAAAAAACAAUUUGGCGCUACUUUGUACAACUUUGCAGUGCUUUGGAACAUAUGCACAGUAAACGAGUCAUGCAUCGAGACAUCAAGCCUGCAAAUGUGUUUAUGACAGCUAACGGAAUUAUUAAACUUGGUGAUUUGGGUUUGAGUCGUUUCUUUAGCUCGAAAACAUUGGCCGCACACUCACUAGUUGGAACUCCUUACUACAUGAGUCCUGAAAGAUUAAAGCAGACAGGCUAUGAUUUCAAGUCAGAUAUAUGGUCGCUGGGCUGUCUUCUAUAUGAGAUGGCAGCUCUUCAAUCACCUUUUUACGGAGAAAAGAUAAACUUAUUUUCCCUCUGCCAGAAGAUUGAGAGGUGUGAAUAUCCGCCCAUUCCUUCUGCUCACUAUAGUCAAGAGCUUCGGCAAAUGGUAGAAACAUGUGUCCAUCCAAGACCUGAUAAGAGACCGGAUGCUUACCAAGUACUGAAGAACUCACAAGACAUCAAUCUCAAGUUCCAUAGCGAUGCAGCAUCUCAUGUUACUGCUGAAUUGCGACGAUGUGCAAUAACCUCUAGUCAUAAAGCUAACAAUUUGAGUAAUCAGGGACACCCACAAUUGUUCACUUUAAGGCCAGAAGCAGCAUUCUAUAACAAUAAUUCAAAAAUUAAUCAAAUGUAUAACAUAAACACCCAAUCAAGAAAUUUUUAAUUGAUUUCGAAAUUCGAUUCCUUCAUUGUCAAGUGCAACUCCCAUUCAAGUUCAAAUUUUAUUACCAUUAAGUGAUAUAUAUUUUCAAUACAAUGAGUUUCUCAAGA